CGGUAAGCUGUAAGCACUCAUUUAGGAAAUCAAAGCGUUCUUCCUUAUCGAGGGAAUAAAAUCUUAACGACUCUGCUGGAACUGAGCAAUUCCAGGCCCACCAACCCCCCCCGAAAUCUCCCGCUGCCAGCAAGAUGUUCAACCCGUUUGGACUGCGGAACGUCAUUUACCGGCCGCGUGUGUUAGACACCGAUGAGUCAACGGGGUGAAUCACAGCGGGAUCCGCCGCCUUCCUAAAACGUUUCCUCCGAGCUGCGCUUGGUCCAGACUCGCUUAGAGCUCAUUGUGUGAUGAGGGUUCGCACCAAGGUGUUGGUGUUUAAUCCCAUGUCUGGCCCCGUUGCACAUCAGCCAGUGGGUUCUGAAGAUGCCGGGUGGUUCUGGGCAGCCGGGCUCGCAGACGAUAAAGAAAGGGCACCGAGGAGUGGACUCCACGGGUGAAACUACCUAUAAAAAGACGACAUCGUCUGCCUUGAAAGGCGCCAUCCAGCUGGGCAUCACACACACCGUUGGCAGCUUGAGCACCAAACCUGAACGAGAUGUUCUCAUGCAAGAUUUCUACGUAGUAGAAAGUAUUUUCUUCCCCAGUGAAGGGAGCAACCUGACCCCAGCUCAUCACUACAACGACUUUCGGUUCAAAACUUACGCUCCAGUGGCCUUUCGCUAUUUCCGGGAGCUCUUUGGCAUCCGACCAGAUGAUUACUUGUACUCGCUCUGCAACGAGCCGCUCAUUGAGCUUUCAAACUCCGGAGCCAGCGGGUCCCUCUUCUACGUGUCCAGCGACGAUGAGUUUAUCAUCAAGACAGUUCAGCACAAAGAGGCCGAGUUCUUACAGAAGCUGCUGCCCGGCUACUACAUGAAUUUGAACCAGAACCCCAGAACGCUGCUGCCAAAGUUUUACGGCUUGUACUGUGUCCAGGCCGGAGGCAAAAACAUUCGCAUCGUCGUGAUGAACAACCUACUGCCACGCUCCGUCAAAAUGCACCUGAAAUACGACCUGAAGGGCUCCACCUACAAGCGCCGAGCGUCCCAGAAGGAGCGAGAUAAGGUCUUCCCAACAUACAAAGACUUGGAUUUUAUGCAGGACAUCCCCGACGGCCUCUUCUUGGACUCUGACAUGUACAACGCUCUGUGCAAAACGUUACAAAGAGACUGUUUGGUCCUUCAGAGCUUCAAAAUCAUGGAUUACAGCUUGCUGGUCGCCAUCCACAACAUGGACCUGGCGCAGAGGGAGCACGCGAUGGCGGACGGGACGUCCCAGGCCGACACGCGCCGACCCGCCGCCCAGAAGGCCCUUUACUCCACGGCCAUGGAAUCCAUCCAAGGAGAGGCCCGGCGAGGCGGCACCAUAGAAACCGACGACCAGAUGGGAGGGAUUCCGGCCCGCAACGCCAAGGGCGAGAGGCUGCUGCUCUACAUCGGCAUCAUCGACGUGCUGCAGUCCUACAGAUUCAUCAAGAAGCUGGAGCACUCUUGGAAGGCGCUUGUGCACGAUGGGGACACCGUAUCCGUGCACAGGCCCAGCUUUUACGCCGAGAGGUUCCAACGGUUCAUGUGCAACACGGUGUUCAAGAAAAUACCACUAAAGCCGUCGCCUUCCAAGAAGAGCCGGUCCGGCACCGCGGUUCCGCGGCGGAGCUGCCAGGGAGGAGUUCCUUCCCAAUUGCACAUGUCGUGCGAGACGAAAGCACAAGUGACCACCGAGGCGGACGUAGAGCAAGGUUCCCACCUCGGUCGCCCGGAUCUGCUGCCCAGGACGCUGCCGGUAGACGAAGCCAACAGCGAUUCCAUCGCCACCACCCUGUCCACCUCCUCCCUGGGCAGCGGAGGCCUCAACUCCCCCGCAAACAGGUCGGUGGGCGUGCAAGUGCACAAAGCUGACAGCUCGGCCAAGGAUGUGCCUAGAACAGCUCCCGGCACCUUCACGCCGAGCGGCUCCCCGGGACCUUCCCUCCCCGAGCGCGCCGUGGAGCUGAGAGAGCAGCUGGAGGACCUGCAGGAGACCGAGAUCAGUUUUUGAAGCGACGCAAGCGGAUUGUUCUGUGGUCUGUGGAGUCCAACAACCGUUCAGCCCCGUUGCUGAUUCAUUAUAUAUAUAUUUAGAGGAAAAGAAAGAAAAAACAACAACAAAAAAAAUCUUCCCUGGACAGAAACGUCAAGGCCGGAAGGCUGGGCUGUGCUUAGUGGGAUUGGUAUUAACAAAGGCUGAGCCUUGGACACCUGGACGUCACCACCGUGUCCCCACUGUCCUUCCUUUGCGGCCUGGCGGGAGCGGAGCCGGUGCGAGGAGGAGGAGGAGGAGGAGGAAGAGCCGCUGCUCCGCGUGUGCCGAAACCCUCGGAACAGGGACCCGAGGUUCUGCCGGCCCGGUUUGCGCCGGAGCGCCGGGGGUUGAUUUUGUAUUUUAAACCCGGUUUUAAUUUAAGCGUUUCUCUCAAUUCAGUCAUAUCGCUUCUUUCUAGUCCUGCAAGAUAGCAUUUUUUUUUUUAGUAAAUAGCAUCUUUUUCAGUGUUUUACCAUAAAGUAUCUCAGGUGGGAGGCGGAAGGGAGGCGCAGAAGCCGUGGACAAGCUCCUCUCCGCCGUCACCGUUUUGGAUCCCGGAGGAGAAUCAAUCGCUCGGUGCCGCGCUGCUCGGAGGAUUUUCCACCAUCAGCUUUUGGGUUGUUUUGUCCCCCAAAUUUUCAACUCCAAGCCCUUCUGUCCCCUCCCCGGCGGGCAGGGGUGGCAGCCCAAUGGGGAUCUUUGGACGGGCCGCGCUUUUUGUAACAUAUUUCUUAAGCAAACGGACCAAACGCCGCCCUCUCCAUCCCCUGCGCCGCCCGCUAAACCCGUCCCCUUUUUAUAACUCGCCCCCCUUUUGAUAUCUCACCCGUAUCGCAGACACCGGUGCUCCCAGCGGCUUGAAGUCAAGAUUCUGACCCAAACCAGGUUGGUUUCUGCCUCCUCAAAAAUCCAGGAGUUUGAUAUUUUAAAGGAAUUAACGGGCCGGAAGGUGAAGUUGUUGUUGUGGCGCCACCGCGCUCGAGAUCCCGGAGCAGACGUCGGACUGAUCUUUAUUUUCACUAAAUGCUUUUUAAAGGAAUGAAGUGACUCUUCCCCGUGAUCGCGGUGGGUUGAAUCCUCCUUUUUUUAUAGCUCUAUUAAAAAAAAAGAAGUAAUUUAAAGCUUGCCCUUGCAGCGGUGCGAGGGGUUUCUAUACUAAUUAGCAAUGAUUGCUAAGGAAACGAAGAAUGUAGCGGCGUAGGGAGGGAGUUUGGUUUUCUAGUUGAUGUUUCAAAGCUUCUUCCCACCUUCAACCUUUUAAAGCGGAUGCGACGCAAGCUGAUAUUUUUUUAAGAAAAAGCGAUUUUGGUUUGGUUUUUAAUGGUAUUUCUUUCCCGAAAGCCCAAGCGGAAUGGCCUUUGCUCCGGGUGGCGGAUCCCGGGGGUUUACGGAGCGCGUCUCACAGACUUUGGGGUAUUUCAAGGGCUCUCCAAACCUUUCGACGCCGACAAACGUCACCCGCAGACCCGACCACUUUAUAGCUGAACUAACUGUCUAUAUUAGACACUUUCUUACCUUCCUUCCUCACCUUUAAUUGUGGUUUUUGUUAUUUUUUUUUUACCAGGAGGGAAGAAAACCAAGUCUCCGAUUUUUGUCAUGAUUUAAUAUUUAUGAAGCUGUAUUUAAAUGUUGUUUUAUUUCAUUCUUCUUUGUUUCCUGGGGACAGUUACUCGACGAGUAGGGUGGGGGGUGGCGUUUCUAUCUCGACCUCCGCUUUGUUAUUGGGUUUUCGGAAGCGCUUCUUUUUGCAUGUGCGUGUUUCCAAGCGCCGGGUGACGGGUUUUCCUGUCACCCGAACCCCCCCAAGCCCAUCGGGGACGGAUCGCGAGCAGCCGCCGUUGUGAGGUCCGGGUGACAGACCCCUCCUGUCCCCGGUGUUGUCGUUGUCACCCCCGGGAGCGAGGGACAGCCGCGGCGCCGGGUGUCACCGACGUCCCUUUCUAUGUGAAUGCUCGUGGCCUCGUCCCACGCUGUCCCUUGGACGCGCAAUACACGGUGUGCUGCUCAA